AUGGCCGGAUUCAACCGUACGCUCGUGUUCGGUGCGCUGGUACUGUGUGCAGUGUUCUGUGUAGCUUGUGCGGCCGACACAACCACCGUUGCGGGCAGCAGUUUGGAUGGCGAUGUGAUGGAGGGACGUACGUUUGGUCAUCACUUCCUCAAGCGCAUCAGCUUCGCGAUGAUUCCGGCAGCGUUCGUCGUCGGUGUCAUCACCACCCUGCUGUCCGCCCUGACCGUUGUCUCGAUGAAGGGUUUGGGUGUCGGUGUAAUUCUUCUGGUACUUACCAUCUCGCAAGUUAUUGCCAGAAGCUUCCCGGCCCCGCUACCACCCCCAGUCCCGGUGGCCUACAGUGCGCCCGCACCCGCGCCCAUACCCCUCGUCUAUAAGGACUGGUGA